AUGACAAGGGAUACGACUGAUAGAGGAGUGAAUAGUGAAACUUCGUCAAUACCGAAGGAGCUCGAUCAGGAUCCUGCCGUAAAUGAUCCGACCGAGGCCAACCUUAGUUGGUCGGAUGAAAUUUUAGUAAAAUCAGAGAUCAUUAUUUCAUCCGAUGACACCCUGCCUACCUCUCAAUGCCGUUUAUGCCAUUGCGCGGACCAUCUCUGCUUGCCUUUGUUUAAUCUACGAGGUGGAACCGAACUGUCGGAAGCACACUUAGAAACUAUUUACAGACUUUCGGAUAUCGCCAUUACCUACGAAAAGGAUCAUGCAUCGGUUGUGUGUUCAUACUGCUUGUUGAAGAUAGAGGAAUAUACCGCGAUACGUGAAGUAUGGCAAAUGAACAAUAACAUACCGAAAGCACACGAAAGCAAAGUGCUUGCGAAGCCUGCAGACCUGCACGAUGCUAGCACACAAACCACCGACUAUCAGAUUGCUAAAAACGUUACCACAUCAACUGAGGUACGUGCAACUAGCUGUGAGAAGGCUUCGGAAGCAGACCGUUCAACCGUUGAACAUAGUGCCAUCAAUGUUGCGGGAAGAAAUAAUGAACAAACACAGUGCGAAGUUAUCGAUGUAGACGAGUACAUUUGCUCGAAAGUAAACCUCAAAAGGAGGCGAAGCAAGACUGACCUUAUAGAAGAGGUAAUGCACUUAGUUAAGAAACAGUAUCGAACAAAACCACACACAAAAAAUCGUCCAAGUCGCUAG